CUUGGUUUCUUUCUUGGCCGUAACCUGUGGUGUAGCCUCUUCGUAACCCAAUAUCUCUGGCCCUACAUUCCACCCACCUUCCUUAUCCAUUCCUUGCUCCAGGGUUACGCCUAGAGAGGGAGGAGGCCCCCAACUCGGCUACCGGCUCAGUCAUCUCACUCCUCUUGUCGCCGGCCUCCCGAGCACACCGCGCCUCCUGUAGAUCGUCGUUCUUUUGGCCCAGCAAGACCUCGACGGAUCACAUCGGCCGGUGGAUCUUCUUAAGGCGAGAUGCGUUGCCUCCUCGUGGUCCUCGUGGUGGGGGCCGCCGGUGCGCUGGGGGCCCAAACACCUCCCUUGGCCUCCUACAUAUAUGGCCAGCCUGUAGAACAUAGGCUUGACUGGGGCUUGUCAAGUAUAAACACGGAGGAACUAUGGGACCAGUUCACCGUGUACUCUGAAAACGACGACGCCACGAAUCCCACCAUCGAGAAAUGCAACCUCAUGGGGGCCAGUGACCCUGUGACGAUUAUAGGGAAGAACAUGAAGACCAUUAAGGAUCGUUCCAUCUACGCCUUCCAGGGCCUCAUGUACGGCGAGCCUCCCACCGGCGAACGCAGAUUCAAGCGGACGAUCAAGAAGGAACCGUACUGGGUCAACGACACGAUCGACGCCACGCACCUGGGCGAGAAGUGUCCCCAGAAGUCCAUGAUCGGCGGUGUGCCUUCAGGCGAUGAAGACUGCCUCAACCUCAACGUGUACGUCCCUAUCCUCCCCAGUGAACUUGAGGAUGGCAGGCUGCUCCCCGUAAUGUUCUUCAUCCACGGCGGCGCCUUCAUCUCGGGCGACUCCUCGCUGUACCUGCCCACCAAGCUGCUAGACCACGACGUGAUCCUGGUCGUUAUCCACUACCGCCUCGGCAACCUGGGUUUCUUCAGCUUAGACAACGACAACGCACCCGGCAACGCUGGUUUAUGGGAUCAGAUUACUGCCUUGGAAUGGGUCCAGGAAAACAUCGAGUGCUUCGGCGGAGACAAGGACCGGGUCACCAUCUUCGGGGAGAGCGCCGGAUCCGCCUCCGUCAACUACAUGAUGAUUCUCCCCGAUGCCGAAGGCCUCUUCCAUGGGGUGAUCGGAGAGAGCGGAUCAGCGUUGGAGCACUGGGCGCACGACCCUGACCCCAUCGGCUCAGCCAUAGCCAUCGGCGAUUACAACGGCUGCGAGACGGAGGACCUCACAGAGCUUUAUGUAUGCAUGAGGGAUUUGGACGCCGACAUCCUCAGCAUGACCAUGAGUCAUUUCGUGGGCGAGGACCGCAAGAAUGGGCAGAUGGGUUUCAGGGGCGCGGCGCCAGUCACGCAGGGACCGGCUGUGAGUGACUCGCAGCGUCUGCUGCUGUACCAGCCCAUUGAUUACCUCACUUCCGGGAACUUCAGCGACGUACCUCUGAUGAUCGGCACCAACAAGCAUGAGGGAUCCUUCGUUCUAACUAUCAUGUACACAGAGUUCCUGAAGCCCAACGGGAAACUGAACGACUCCGUGUACCUCAAAGAUGACAUGAUGAUCGACUUGCUCAACUGCUUCGGUGUCCACGACUACACCAACGCCGUCUCGGAGGCGAUCAUGGACUCCUUCGUGGGGGAGCUCGACCGGGGCAACUUUACGGAAUGUGCUCCAGGCUACGUUGAUGCGGCCGGUGUGCUCUUCCUGAAGGCGGGCGGGUGGCAGACGGCAAAGCUGCACGCCAAACACGGGGAUUCCAACACCUUCCACUACAGCUUCGACUUCGAAUCAGACGACACCAUGUACAGGUGGCUCUUCAUGGGCCUCACCGGCGUGCCCUUCAGACCAGGUGUGACCCACGCGGACGAGCUGCUGUACAUCUUCUCCUUCCCCGGGGUGAUGGAGGGACACCAGAUAACAGUUAUGGACCGCAUGACGAAAAUGUGGACCAACUUUGCCAUUUACGGUAACCCCACCCCGCCGGAGGAGUCAGGGUGGAAGGACCUCGGCAUCCCGGAGUGGCUGCCAGUGACGGCGACGGAACACCACUUCAUGCUGAUCCAGGAUGAGUGUACGGUGGAGUUGGAGUUUCCGCAGAGAUGGCAUAUCGCCCUGGAGGAGGAUGGAAACCUACCGUGGCAGCCAACUCGGGAUGAAUACGACGACCUCAUGUACGAGCGAGACACUUACCUCACCGUCAUGAUCGUCUUCGUGGUCGCCUUCGCCGUGGCUGCCUGUGGUGCCGUCUUCCUAGUAUUCGCGGGCAAGAAGCAGAAGAAGAAAAGUUCUGCCCCCAUAGAGUUGGAGAGCAAGUAAGCGGCUGCCCUCCAUGGCAAGACUUUGUUCGAAGCUCAGCCGCAGGUUCUGCCGCGAGUUUUGGACGAUUUUUUAUUCUCCUGCUUUUAUUACCUGCCAUUAGAUACACACGACCAAAAACUAAAACUAUCGGUGCAUGUCUCGUGUAUAAACUACUGAAUCCGCAGACGAUAGAUACUGAAAAAUGACUCUUGAUCCUUCACGCCGUUGGCAGCCCAGGGACAUCACGAGCUGUACUAACUGUUACCGAAACCAUCAGACCUAGAAGCGCGGUACUUUUUGAUCGUGUGUACCUCCUCUUGCACACUUCUUACAAAAUUCUAACCCACACACUCACUAUGCUAAGUCAUACCCACCCAAACCCCUCCUCUUGCACGGCUGCUUUAUCAGACCAAACACCGGAUUUUUAAACGUCUCUGCUCCUCAGUUCGCCUGUUUGAAAAGCCUCUCGUGGAAGUUGCUAGGAUUUUCAUGAGCGGUGUUGUGAUACCAGUGACAGUUUUACCCGACCUCUGCACCUUGAACGGGUAAAACGCCCAUAAAAACAGGUUAAUCUUCUCUGUGACCUUGGUAAAUAAUCGUAGUGGGAGCCCGAUACGUUUAAGAAUAUGGAUCCAAGAUUUGCCUGAUUGUGCUUUCCCAGCAGAGAGGUCCAUUAAUACCUUAAGAAACCAUAUAUAGAAAUAAGAAUAAAAGGGUAGAUGUAGACCAAAUGUAUAUGUAUAUGUGAUAAAUAAAUAAAAUUAUGAACAAAAAUAAUAAAAUGACAAAG